GCGAGCGCCAGGGAUUCCAGCUGCACGUCCCAGGUUCUCCAGGGCGCGGCAGGCCAGGGCGGGACGAGGAGAGCUGCGGGGAGAAAGCCUGUGGCUGGGUCCGGAGGUGCGGGUGCGGCGCGGGACAAGCGGGCAGCAUGCUCAGGGCGGCCGGGAACCUACUGCGCCUCGGCCGCGGGCUAACAAUCCGCUGCGGCCCCGGGGCGCCUCUCGAAGCCACGCGGCGGCCCGCACCGGCUCUUCCUCCCCGGGGUCUCCCCUGCUACUCCAGCGGCGGGGCCCCCAGCAAUUCUGAGCCCCAAGGUCACGGGGAGAUUCACCGAGUCCCCACGCAGCGCAGGCCUUCGCAGUUCGACAAGAAAAUCCUGCUGUGGACAGGGCGUUUCAAAUCGAUGGAGGAGAUCCCGCCUCGGAUCCCGCCAGGAAUGAUAGACACUGCAAGAAACAAAGCUCGAGUGAAAGCUUGUUACAUAAUGAUUGGACUCACAAUUAUCGCCUGCUUUGCUGUGAUAGUGUCAGCCAAAAGGGCUGUAGAACGACAUGAAUCCUUAACAAGUUGGAACUUGGCAAAGAAAGCUAAGUGGCGUGAAGAAGCUGCAUUGGCUGCACAGGCUAAAGCUAAAUGAUAUUCUUAGUGACAAAGUGUUCACCUGAAUACCAUCCCUGUCAUCAGCAACAGUAGAAGAUGGGAAAAAUAGAAUAUUUACCAAAAUAUCUGCCAUGGUUUUAUUUUGGUAACAAGAAGCACAAUGUCUUUUUUAUUUUUAUUUUUUAGCAAACUUUUACUGAAGUAUACCAUGCAUUCAAAAAGUGGACAAAAGUGUAUACAGUCUGAUAGAUAUUUAUGUCAUGAACACCUGUGUAACCACUGCCAAAGUGAAGAUGUAGAAUAUUGGCAACACUUCACAGCCUCAUUCCUGCCUUUUCUCAGCCAUUACCUCCCAAACAUAGCAGUUUUUCUGAGUUUCAUCACCUUUGAUUCAUUUUGCCUGUCUUUGAACUUUAUAUAAAUGGAUUCAUACAUUA